CAUGUUGAGUUGCGAGUGCAAGUUUUGAUUAGCUGCGACGCACACCCGGUCGGCCGUAGCGCCGCGCUGCUGAGGGCCAAACCGGCAUCACCAGCGCUGUGCGCUAUCAACCAACGCCUCAGUUGCGCCCAAGUGCCGUGCAGUGCCUGUUGGAAUAAUCCAACAACGGAGUAAUAACUGGUUGCAGAUUUUUUCAUUCAAAGUGAACACAUUCAUUUCAAAUUAUGUAUAAAUAAAUAUUAAAAUUUGUUCGAUUGCACGAUUUGUAGAAUUCUGCGGCGUAGACGGCGGCUCAUCGCAUCGCAGCACAAUCGUUUACCGUAUUAAGUGAAUUACAACGUAGCUGAUGCCAAUUGCUUUGACGUGAUUGAAAGUGCUUAAAAAUUGAAAACAACAACAACAAUAACAAUAAAAUCACGCUGAAAGCCAAUAAAUAACAUAUACAAUACAAUAAAUAAUUGUCAUAAAAGUAUUUUCGUAGAAAACAACAACACAUUCUAAUGGUAAAAAAAUUCGUUUGAUUAAUAAAAAUUUAAAUAAUUAUUGAUACCUAUAACGAGUGGGUAAGAUUAAUAAAAAAAAACGUAACAACCUACACGCAAGUAUGCCAACGACUUGCCAAUUCAAAUUUUCGCGCACUACGCCGAUUUACUACAGUGGUGAGCAAAUAAGCGGGCUCAUUAUAUUGAGCAGCACAAAAUUGCUGGCUAUCGAAGGCAUACAAAUCGCUUUGGUUGGCACUGAGCAAGUGGAGUGGCUGGAGAGAAGCAGGGAGGCAUUGCUGCUGCACAAUGACAGCACUGAAAAGGACAACAAAGUGUUGUACAGUGACAAACAGGAACGCUUAUAUGGGUCACAUACACUCACGGAGCGCACAAGCUUACUAGCGGCCGAAGUGUGUGUGCAGCAUUUCAGCUUCGAUUUGUCUUACAAUGCACCAGCCAGCUGUGAUAUGAAGUAUGGUCAGCGCGCUUAUUACGUACGUCUAACGUUGCAAUGCAAAUCGGUGUCCGAUAAAGUUUUCAAUGCGCGCAUAACAGUAAAAAACCGCGUGGAUUUGAGCGCGGCGGUAGAGUUGAGUGAGCCCUACACGCUGACGGCCGCCAACGCGCCAACGUCAGACGCACACGCGCCACUGCUCCUCACCCUACCCACAGGCACUGGCUAUGUGCCGGGUCAAUAUAUCGCCUACACACUAUGCGGCCAGCAUAAAUUUGCCGCAUGCAACAAGUUAUAUGUGAAUCUGUGUCAGCAUACCACAUUUCGUGCCUCGAAACCGCAAGCGAAGUGCAAAGAAUACCUCAAAGUGCUAAAUAGUGAUGUACAGAAGAUAAGUUCAUCAUACGUCAUGGUAUCCGGCCAAUUGAGCAUACCCUUAGCGGCACACAUUUGUCGGGACGGCAAUGAAAAGAGCCUCAUACAUACAAGUUAUCAUAUUGAAGCAAUGCUAUUCAAUAAAAAGCGCAUUUUGCAGAAGUUGAUUAUACCGAUUGUAGUUGGUACAGUGCCACCGAAAAGUAUGCGGCCUAACAGUGCGCAGCAAUGCGUAGAGGACUUAGAGCAGUAUCACUGUUACGAUAAUUUGGCCACUGAUGAAUUAAUAUGUGAUAAACCAAAUGAAAGUAGUGCAAAGGAUGCCGAUUUGCUCUAUUACCUGCCCGAUUAUGCUUCGAUGUUGCUUUUGAAUACUUUUUCGACAUCUGUCAACGUAUUGCAGACACAAGCUGCACAACAUAAUUGCGAGCAGGAAUCUUGUACUGCAGACAUCUGUACAACAACAAUUUUGGCAUAACAAUUGUCCAACAUGAGACGAUGAUUUAAGAAAAGUUUUUAACAAAAUAUGAUUUCUUUCUAAAACUUUGUCAUUUAUAUUACUUAUAUGUACGCUAAUGGUGUUUUAACUAAAAUAAAUGUAAAUAAAUGUUAUUAAUAUUAAAUUAAUAAAACAAAAAUCUUCACUCAAAAUA